GAUGCUUUGCGCGUUGUCUUCCAAAGGAAGUUGUGGAAUCCAAAAAGUUUGCCUCCCAUCAUUUGGUGAAGCUUCCACGGAGGGUCAGUCCACCCACAGAGGGCAGGGAAUGCACAUCAGGUGAAACGGGCUGCGACUAAUUCCUGGUUCAUACUAACAGAGCUGAUCUAUUAUUUACGAUCUAAUCGGACCUCCAUCCCCUGGAAAAGGUCACGGCUCUUCCUGCUAAAGUCGCGAUGGCGGAGCGGGUUCUGGUGGUGGGAGGCGGAGGACGGGAACACGCGCUGGCCUGGAAGCUGGCCCAGUCGCCCCGGGUCCAGCAGGUUCUGGUGGCUCCUGGGAACGCGGGAACCGCCAACUGCGGCAAGAUCAGCAACUCUGAGGUGUCGGUCAGCAACCACAGCAUCCUGGCUCAGUUCUGUAAGGACCACCACGUCGGUUUGGUCGUAGUCGGACCCGAAGCUCCGCUGGCAGCAGGUAUGGUGGACGACCUGAAGGCGGCGGGCGUUCUGUGUUUUGGACCGACGGCUGCGGCGGCUCAGUUGGAGUCCAGUAAGAGUUUCGCUAAGGCCUUCAUGGAGCGUCACGGCGUUCCCACGGCUCGCUAUGGCUCCUUCAGCGACCCGCAGGACGCCUGCAGCUUCAUCCGCAGCGCCGACUUUCCAGCUCUGGUGGUGAAGGCCAGCGGGCUGGCGGCGGGGAAGGGAGUCAUCGUCGCCGGGGAUCGGGACGAAGCCUGCCGGGCCGUCAUGGAGAUCAUGAAGGACGGAGCCUUUGGGUCGGCAGGAACUACGGUUGUGGUUGAGGAGUUUUUGGAGGGACAGGAAGUGUCUUGUUUGUGCUUCAGCGACGGUACCUGGGUGUCUCUGAUGCCGCCGGCUCAGGACCACAAGCGACUCCAGGACGGAGACCUGGGGCCCCUCACCGGCGGGAUGGGCGCCUACUGCCCCACCCCACAGGUGAGUCAGGAGCUGCUGCAGCAGAUCAGAGAGACGAUCCUGCAGAAGACUGUGGAUGGGAUGAGGCAGGAAGGAACUCCUUAUAUGGGCGUUCUGUACGCGGGCCUCAUGCUGACCAAUCAGGGCCCAAAGGUUCUGGAGUUCAACUGUCGCUUUGGGGACCCAGAAUGCCAGGUUCUGCUUCCUCUGCUGCAGAGCGACCUCUAUGACGUCAUCAUGAACACUGUAAGCGGGAACCUGGCCUCCAACGCCCCCGUGUGGCAGCAGGGCAGCUCUGCGGUUACCGUGGUGAUGGCCAGCACCGGAUACCCGGGUUCCUACCAGAAAGGGGUUGAGAUCACAGGUCUGACCCAGCUGCAGGACGCCGGGCUGCAGGCGUUCCACGCCGGCACCGCCCUGAAGGACGGCCGCGUGGUGUCGAGCGGCGGCAGAGUGCUGGCCGUGACGGCGGUGAGGCCGAGCCUGGACGCCGCCCUGCAGGCGGCCAAUCGGGGCAUGGCCGCCGUCGGGUUCCCGGGCGCCGUGUACCGGCGAGACAUCGGCCACCGGGCCAUCGCUCACCUGAACCAGAACCGGCGUCUGACCUACAAGGACAGUGGAGUGGACAUCGCUGCUGGGAACAAGCUGGUGGACAUCAUCAAGCCUCUGGCCAGAACCACGACCCGACCCGGUUGUGAUGCAGAGCUGGGAGGUUUUGCUGGACUGUUUGACUUGAAGGCGGCCGGGUUUGUUGACCCAAUCCUGGUGUCUGGGACGGACGGCGUUGGAACCAAGCUGAAGGUCGCCCAGGCUUGUGGCCGUCAUGGCGGUCUGGGUCAGGACCUGGUCGCCAUGUGUGUGAACGACGUUUUGGCUCACGGCGCCGAGCCGCUCUUCUUCCUGGACUAUUUCUCCUGUGGCAGUCUGGACCUGCAGGUGGCCUCCUCCGUCGUCGGCGGCGUCGCUAAGGCGUGUGAGGCGGCCGGCUGCGCCCUGCUGGGCGGUGAAACGGCGGAGAUGCCUGGUGUUUACGCUGCAGGAGAGUACGACCUGGCCGGGUUCUGCGUCGGCGCAGUGGAGCGGGGUGCCUUGUUGCCACGGUUACAGGACAUCUCGGCGGGAGACGUGCUCAUCGGAGUGGCUUCCUCUGGGAUUCACAGCAACGGCUUCAGUCUGGUCCGUAAAGUUCUGGAGAGAAGCAAACUGAGCUUCAGCUCUGCUGCUCCGUUUGGGAACCAGGACCAGACUGUCGGUGACGUGUUGCUGACUCCUACUAGGAUCUACAGCCGCCUGCUGUUGCCCGUCCUGCGCAGCGGGGCGGUUAAAGCCUACGCUCACAUCACCGGUGGGGGGCUUCUGGAGAACCUGCCCCGGGUUCUGCCCCAGGGUCUGGCAGCAGAGCUGGAUGCGUCCCAGUGGAGGAUUCCAGCUGUUUUCUCUUGGCUCUAUGAGGAAGGACGACUGAGUGAGGAGGAGAUGAGCAGAACCUUUAACUGUGGGCUCGGUGCGGUUCUGGUGGUCGGUCCGGCUGAUGCUCAGAAGGUUCUGUCUCAGCUGCAGGUCCAUGAUGAGGCCUGGGUGGUGGGCCGUCUGGUUCCUAAGCAACCUGAUGUUUCCUCUGUGGUGGUUUGCAACCUGAAGCAGAGCUUGAUGAAUGCUGGGACUGUGGAAGUGAAGGAUGCUGGUUGCCAUGGAAAUGGCGCGACAACACAGAAGAAGACCAGAGUAGCGGUUCUCAUCUCUGGUACAGGUACCAACCUGCAGGCCCUGAUGGUUCAGGCUAAAGCUCCAUGCAGCUCAGCAGAGAUCGUGUUGGUGAUUUCCAACAGACCUGGAGUUCAGGGUCUGAAGAGAGCAGCGCUGGCUGGGAUCCAGACCAGGGUUGUGGAUCACAAGCUGUAUGGCAGCAGAGCUGAGUUUGACGCCACCAUCGACUCGGUGCUGGAGGAGUUUGGAGUGGAACUGGUCUGCCUUGCUGGUUUCAUGAGGAUCCUUACUGGGAACUUUGUCAAGAAAUGGAAUGGGAGGCUCCUCAACAUCCAUCCCUCUCUGCUGCCAUCAUUCAAGGGGGUCAAUGCCCAGAAACAGGCUCUUCAGGCUGGAGUGCAAAUAACUGGGUGUACUGUCCACUUUGUAGCAGAAGAGGUGGAUGCAGGCGCCAUCGUGGUCCAGGAAGCGGUACCGGUGUUGGUUGGAGACACAGAGGAGAGUCUGUCUGCCAGAAUCAGAGAGGCUGAGCACCAAGCGUUCCCUAAAGCUCUGGAGCUGGUGGCCAGUGGAGCGGUCAAACUGGGACCAGAUGGACAUGUAGUCUGGAAGCAACAGAGUUAAAGUGUCUCCACUAAUGCAUGUCUGACAAAUGAUCAGAAACCAGUUUACAUUAAAGUCAAUCACUGACUGUAGCAAUAACGUAGAUUCUGCACGACAUUACAAUAAAUGUUCUUACCUUUCACUGUCA